AUGAUGGGCAAAGAUGAUGCGCUCAAACAGCCACUGAUCGCUCAGGUAGACGAGAUGAGCCAAGGAGAUUGUGCUCUGGCCAUAAUUGGCAAUAGGCGUGUCCAAGUUACUGAAGAAGAGAACCGGAAGAUUCGGAGAAAAACUGACAAGGUCAUCCUAGCUAUUCUUGUUUGGGUAUACUUCUUGCAGAUCCUUGAUAAAACCGUUCUAGGCUAUGGAGCAAUCUUUGGCCUCAUUGAAGAUACACAUCUCUCUGGAAACCAAUAUUCACUCAUUGGCUCAAUAGGCCCCAUAGCCCAGCUAGCAUGGCAACCUUUUUCGAUGAUUUUGAUUGUUAAAGUACCGCACCGGAUUUUAAUGCCAACCUUGGUUCUAGGCUGGGGAACAGCGCAGGCUACAAUGGGUAUCUGCCAUGACUUUGGUGGAUUACUUGCCACUAGGUUCUUUCUAGGUCUCUUCGAGGCCGGAUGUCUCCCACUUUUCAGUGUUAUUACCAGCCAGUGGUACCGCAGAGCCGAGCAGCCCAUUAGAGUGGCAGCCUGGUACGGUACGAAUGGCAUUGCUACUAUUGUAGCCUCGGCAUUAUCAUACGGUUUAGGUCACAUACCAACUGGAUCCAUCCAACCAUGGAGAAUAAUAUUUAUCUUUGUUGGCCUGGUCACUAUUAUCUCGGCUCCAUUUGUUUACUGGAAAUUGGAUAAUGAUAUCCCUUCUGCUCGUUUUCUCACAGAGCAUGAGCGUGAACAAGCAAUCGAGCGCUUACGUGCCAACCAGACAGGGACUAGAGCAACACAGUUUAAAUGGUCACACGUUUUGGAAGCACUUUUUGAAUUCAAAACAUACUUGUGGAUUGGAAUGAGUUUGCUUCUCAACAUUGGUGCGGCUGUCACAAACACAUUCGGCCCACUCAUCCUCAACGGCUUUGGGUACGACAAAUAUAUAGCGUCACUCCUCAUUAUGCCAUUUGGAGCAGCUCAGGUUAUUGUUAUUCUGCUGGCGUCGUACUGUGCUCAGAAAUAUCGGAGAAAAUCUGUGGUCUUAGUUCUCCUGAUUAUUCCAGUUAUCACAGGACUCUCAAUUUUAUAUUCCUUACCGGAAGGAAGCUCUCAUAGCGUGCUUGUGUUUGCAUACUAUCUGCUUGCUUGCAUAUUCGGGGGAAAUCCACUUAUCGUUACUUGGAUCGUUGGAAAUACUGGGGGAACCACCAAACAGUCGAUAAUAACGUCACUUUACAACGCUGGGUCAUCAACUGGCAACAUCAUUGGGCCAUUGUUAUUCCUCAAGGAAGAUGCCCCUCGAUACAGAAAUGGGUUGCGCUGGGUCCUGAUAUCUUUUGUUGUGCUUGCUAUCGUAAUAGUGGCCCAGGUUGCGAACUUAGCUGUUCUCAACAGAUUGCACCAACGAUCACGAACAGCAGAGGGCAAAAAAGCCAGCAUCAAGGAUGUAUCGAUGAAUGAGCGAUACGUAGAGUUUGACGAGGAAAGUGAAGAAUUAGAGUUUGCCGAAUCCCACGACCCUGGAAAUCAGGAGGACACUGCUGGCAGAGUUGACACGACACAAAUAAUUUCCCGUAGGCGGCUGGGAGAGAAUGCUUUUCAAGAUCUUACUGAUAAGCAGAAUAAUGAGUUUAUAUAUAUCUACUGA